GACACAGCACUGUAGUUAUAUUUAGAUGUCAAUGAGACUAGAUACUGUUUUAAGUUUAAAGUUAGCUCAGGCAUAGCCCAGUUAGGGUUCCUCGGUGAGCAACAUCAAUUUAUUCGAAUGGAGUCAAUCACGUUUUGUUAAAAUUUUGAUACAAAAAUCUGAAUCAAGAAUGCCGUCGAAUGGAAGCAAAGAAACCGACGAUAGUCAGACAUGGGAAUUAGCAGAGAGAUGUCUAUUACCUAUUGCAUUUUCACAUGCAAUUGCAGUCAUCCUGGCAACUAUAUUAAACACCUUUGGGAUCUCACAGACAUCUAGCUUUGUACUCUUUUUGUUGCUAUUGGUCAUAUCCAUAGGAUCCACAUUGUUUUAUCAUAAUCUAAAGGUUACUGCAGCAGGAAAGGCAGUAUUAAUCACAGGUUGCGAUUCGCGGGUUGGAUACGCUUUAGUUAAACAACUAGAUGAUUUGGGUUUCACUGUAUUUGCUGGAUUCAAUAACAAAGCCGAGAAUGAAGAUAUCAUGCAGAAGUUAAAAGACCAUGCGUCUGGAAGAUUGCACGUGUUACAACUAGAUAUUACCAGCGAACGUGAUAUACAUUCGACUUUCCUUUACGUCAACGAAAACUUGCCUGACGGAGCUCCUGGAUUGUGGGCACUCGUGCAUGCUGCUGCUUGGGUGACUCUCGGGGAAUGCGAGUGGGUGCCCCCAUCUGUUCUCAAGCGAAGCAUAGACAUCAACUUCAUUGGCCUAGCGCGUUUAACACAGGUAUUUCUUCCUCUGGUUAGGAGAUCAAAGGGCCGAAUCGUUCUUAUUAGUAGCCUUCUGGCGCGGAUACCGAGUCCCGUCCGAGGCAUUUAUUGUGCCCUUAAGGCCGCUGUAGAAGCUUGGGGAUCGUGCCUAAGACUGGAAAUGCGGAGAUGGGGUGUCGACGUUGUGAUCGUCGAGACUGGAGAAUACGUCUCUGGUAAUGCAUGGUUGAAAGAUAACACUGCGCUGCUCGAGCAAGCCAGAGACAUGUGGACUCAACUGGAUCCUCAAACUCGCAAGGAAUACGGUCAGGAACUAUUUCAGGCAGAAAUGCUGGCUCUGGAAAAGUACACCCAAGGACCAGAAGCUGAUUUAACAGCUGUCACGAGAACUCUAAUAGAUGCUGUAGUAAAGACUUUCCCGAUGCGGCGGUACACACCUGUGACGCGCAGUGAAAGAAUACAGGCAUUGUGCAAUCAUUACCUGCCGAAACCAAUCUAUGACAUAUUGUAUACAAAUUAAAUAUAUCUCUUGAUCUAUCUAUGAUACAUACUGACGAUCAGAAUAUGAUUAGGAAGAUACAUUCUUCGGAUAAACGACAUUAUAAGAAUAAAUUUUAGAUGAAACAGAGAAGAAUCUUUUUUUAGCAGAUUGCGUAUAAUCAUUUGAAGCACUGCCUAUGCAAAACAGCCGCAGAAAGAUAUUGUACAAAUUUAAUAAAGUUACUUUAUCAAAUUA